CCGUGUGCCGCGGCUACUGCGCGUCACCGUUCCUGUGGAACUCAGGGGAGGCUAAACUCGGACUGCCAAAGACUCCUUCCUAGAAAAUAAUGAACAACAAAUUCGAUGCUUUGAAAGACGAUGAUAGUGGAGAUCACGACCAGGAACAAGGCUCACCGAAAGACAACGAAAAGGAAAAGCUUGAAGACGACGACAAAGAACAGAGCAUUACCAGGAGAAAGAUGGUGGUUCCAGGGCCCGGAGAGCACCCUCUUCAGUACAACUACACUUUCUGGUACUCGAGGCGGACCCCCGGGAGACCAGCCAGCACUCAGAGUUACGAGCAGAACAUCAAACAGAUUGGCAGCUUUGCUUCGGUGGAGCAGUUCUGGCGUUUCUAUAGUCACAUGAUCCGACCCGGUGAUCUGACAGGUCAUAGUGACUUCCAUCUCUUCAAGGAAGGCAUCAAGCCCAUGUGGGAGGAUGAUGCCAAUAAAAUGGGUGGAAAGUGGAUCAUCCGUUUAAGGAAAGGCCUCGCGUCCCGGUGUUGGGAGAACCUGAUCCUGGCCAUGUUGGGGGAGCAGUUCAUGGUUGGAGAGGAGAUCUGUGGGGCUGUGGUUUCAGUGCGCUUCCAGGAGGACAUCAUUUCCAUCUGGAACAAAACUGCUAGUGACCAAGCGACCACAGCCCGCAUCAGAGACACCCUGCGCCGGGUCCUCAACCUGCCUCCCAACACCAUCAUGGAGUACAAGACACAUACAGACAGCAUUAAGUAUGUUUGCGUGUUAAAGAGACGUGUUGGGGGGUGGACGAGUCCAGGGCAGGACACCUCUGCGUGGAUUGGCACUGUGUAACAGGAAGACAGAGCAAAAGCCAGCAGGGUCAGCGGCUCGAAGACCAUUCCCUUUUUGUGUCAAAUUGGAUGUGUGAGUGGAACGACCCGUCAGCAGAACAGUGAAGCAAACCGAGGAGAGAAGUAUUUUAAUCAACCAGGAACAACAACAACAACAAKAAAACAACUAAAAGCUUUAUUUUUAUCUCCCUUUCUUUUUAACGCGAGUAGUAACAUCUGUAAACUUGCCACUAGAGGGAGGCUGUGUGACUGGCGUCUGCUUGCUGUUGACAACAAAAUCAGUCUGAUACAAAACUGUACAUCACUUAUUGCUUAACAAACACAAUCACACAAACUUGAAACYAGUCUGUGUUGAAUGAGUUUUAUUGGGACUCAGACAAGGUGUCAGUUGGACAAUAUUUUAUUACAGUGUUGUAUUUUAAUAACAUUUCCUUUGGUUGUUUGGAACUUGAGCAGAUAUUAUUGUGUACAAUAUAUUUGUAAAUGUAGUUCACUUAAAUGAAUCGGCAUCAUUUCGUUACCUUCAACAUGGAUGUUGAAUCUUAAAGGACACAGAUCAUCCCCUGUUGGGCAGAAGGUUGUAUGUGGGAGCUUUAGUAUGAGCUAUAAAUUGCCUAAAAAAAUAAUCACUGUGCCUGGUUUCAGAUUUGAGCUGACCUCUCUGUCAGUUCUGUCUGAACACCAUCUUUAAAAAAAAAGAGGGCUUUGCUUUAAGGUCCUCAGUAAAGGUAUACAGUCAUCCUUAAACACCAAUGUUCACCCCUUUUCCAUUUUGUGAUAUGAGAUGAAACUGGGCCCAGGAUCAGGGUUUGGUUGCAGAUUUUUAUCCUGGACAGGAUAUGUUUUUGUUUUGUUUUUUUUGUUUUUUAAAGAGCAUAUGUAGUUUGUGGUGAAUCUGUAAUGCUGCCCAAAUAUGUUGGCACAAAGAUGGAGGCAGGUGUUUGUGUUAAAAGCAAAGAAAAAAAAACGUGUGCACCUCAUGGAUUUAUAGCAAUAAAUGUUUAAUAUGGAUCUGCUGCUAAA